AUGGACAUGUACGGUUCCAUUUCCACCUCUCCAGAUUGCUUGCGAAUUGAUGACCUUCUUGACUUCUCCAACCACCCUCUCACCACCGCUGAUUCCGACCACCACCAACACCUUCCUCCGCCGCAACACCCUUUCACCCACCAAUUCUCCGACGACUCCAAUUUCUUUACCAAUUUCCCUUCCAUCCCCAGCGAAGAAGCAGCGGAACUCGAAUGGCUUUCUCAAUUCGUCGACGACACGACGUCGUUUCACGAUUUCCCACCGAACCAGAUCAUGCCAAUGGGAUCAUCUCACGCGACGUCGUUUCUUAACACUAACGAUAUUAGUAAUAAGAAUAAUUCCAAAUCAUCGUCGGGCGCUCCGGUCACCGGAAAAUCAAGAUCGAAGAGGGAGGCGAACGGGACCGGAGAGGCAGGGGUUCAGAGGUGCAGCCACUGCGCAUCGGAGAAAACGCCGCAAUGGCGAACGGGACCGCUGGGGCCGAAGACGCUGUGCAACGCUUGUGGUGUGAGGUUCAAAUCGGGUCGGCUCGUACCCGAAUACCGACCCGCAUCUAGCCCCACAUUCGUGCUGACUCAGCACUCCAACUCGCAUCGGAAAGUCAUGGAGCUCCGUCGCCAGAAGGAGCUGCUCCGUCAACAACACCAGCACUAGCAAGAGCAAUG